AUGGAGAGGGCGGAACGCCUCCUCGGCAGCGUGGAGGCGCCGCCGGUCCACGGGGCCGGCACGGACCUUCCGGACCUCGCCGAGUAUGAUGUCUUCUGGUCCUCGACCGACGGCGGCGGCCAUGACGACACCGGCUGGCGACGAACCGAGAUGGCCCCACGGGCGGCUCGCCCCUGGGUCGAUCGGCCCGGGGGUGGGCUCUCUCUCGCCCUCGAGGACGGGUGCGCUCCCCGGCGGACCGUGGCGGCCUCGGCGCCGAUGGAGGUGCCGGUCUGGCCCAGCUUCCUCCGGGUCGAGCCGGAGGGACCCGUGGGGUGGCUCGGCCGGGAGGAGGAGGAGGAAGAGGGUGGGUGGGUGCCGCCGCACGAGUACUUGGCGAGGGAGAAGGGGAGGAGCGUGGCGACGUCGGUGCUCGAAGGUGUGGGCCGGACGCUCAAGGGACGGGACAUGAGCAGGGUUCGGGACGCGGUCUGGAGUCGGACCGGAUUCUUCGGUUGA